AAAAAAAAGAAAGGCAUUAUUCCAAUGUCUUCCGCUAAUAUAGGAGUUGGGGAGAGCAAAGCCAAGGAAUCUUGCAGCAAAAUAACAGCCACAAUGGAGGAGCAGCAGCAGAACGCACUUAGUAAAACUUCCACCUCCCCGUUUCAGUCAAAGCCAAUCCGCUGCAUCGUCAAACUUGGAGGUGCGGCAAUUACUUGCAAGAAUGAGCUUGAAACAAUAAAUGAGAAGAAUCUUGACACUGUUUCAAAACAGCUACGGCAAGUGAUGUUAUCAUGUCCGGAUUCUGGAAAAGUUCUUGGAAUGGAUUGGAGUAAGAGGCCAGGAACAUCAGAAAUGCCAAGUACCAUUGAUGGAUGCUGUGAUGAAUUUAAAGUAGACUUUGAGAAAUUUGUUGUUGUUCAUGGUGCAGGUUCAUUUGGACACUUCCAAGCUAGCAAAUCCGGGGUUCAUAAGGGUGGUCUUUGCAAAUCCCUUGUCAAGGCUGGUUUUGUUGCAACACGUAUUUCUGUUACAUCCCUGAAUCAUGAGAUUGUUAGGGCUCUAGCAAAAGAGGGUAUUCCUUCUAUCGGAAUGUCUCCAUUUUCAUGUGGUUGGUUGACGUGUGAAAGAAAUAUGGAAGCAGCCAAUGUGAGUAUGGUAGUUAAGGCUUUGGAUUCUGGCUUCGUACCUGUUCUGCAUGGAGAUGCAGUGCUUGAUACUUCACAGGAUUGCACCAUAUUAAGUGGAGACGUAAUCAUUCGGUAUUUGGCUGAAGAACUGAAGCCUGAGUUUGUUGUUUUUCUCACAGAUGUCUUAGGAGUACAUGACCGCCCGCCAACUGAGCCUGGUGCAGUACUUCUCAGAGAAAUAGCUGUCCAUGAAGAUGGAAGCUGGUCGGUCGUGAAACCAAACGUACAAGAUGCAAGCAAACAAGUUGUGGUAACUGUAGCAGCUCAUGAUACAACUGGAGGCAUGGUGACUAAAAUAUCAGAAGCUGCUAUGAUUGCGAAACUUGGAAUUGAUGUAUACAUUGUGAAGGCAGCAACGGAGCACUCCAAGAUUGCUUUAAGUGGAGACCUGAAACACAAUGUUCCUGAGAGCUGGCUUGGAACAAUUGUAAGACCUUUAAGACAACAGCAAUGAACUGCUGGACGCAUGAUGGAAAUUGGCGACUUGUAGAUGGGCUUUUGUCUGAACAGCAAUGCAAGCCAAACUGGGGCUAUUGAAAGAAUUAAUCUCCGUUAGGAAUCAAGUAACGGGAGGACCUGAAACAUUUUUGUCAAAAUUGUUCUUCGUAGCAGUUGGCAAGGCUUCUUGUUUUGAAGCAUCUUCAAUUUCGUAAAUUUCAUUCUCGGGUUUAUUGGCUGCGUUGGGUUGAAUCAUCAGACAUGCUCCUUGGAACGUUAUUUUCAACAAGCCAAAACAUCUUGCCAUGCGGGGACGAUUUGGUCAACAUUGAGACAAAUAUCAAUUAUUUGAUUUACAUUUCAA